UGCAGUUCAUUUCUUUUCCCGUGUCGUCGUCACGCAGUCGUCUCUCUCAGCCUCGGUAGUUCUUCAGAUGUCUAUUUUAGCAGAGCUUGGAAGUGUGCGCAGUGACGAUCCCUCUGCAGUUCCUUGGCACUCAAGUGCUGGAGAUUGUUUUUUGUUGUCCCAAGUUUGCUCCGAGCUGGCUGUGGCGGCGGGUCUACAUAAGUUCCAAUUUUCAUUUCACGUUUGCUGAUACACGGAAUCUGGCAGACUUCGGCAAGCGGGGGUGAUGAACGUUUAGUCUUUGGCGUGUCUUCCAUGCAGGGAUGGCGUAUCAGUAUGGAGGAUGCGCAUGCCGCGGUCUUGGACCUCCAAUCGGUGGCUGAGGAUGGCAAGGAGUCGAAACCUGCGAAUAUUGAUACGAGGUUGUCAUUCUUCGGUGUUUAUGACGGUCAUGGAGGAGAUAAGGUCGCACAGUUUGCUGGCGAAAACAUACACCUGAUCAUUGCGAAGCAGGAUGCUUUCAAGAAGGGUGAUAUAGAGCAAGCCUUAAAGGACGGAUUCCUAGCUACGGACAGAGCCAUCCUUAACGACCCACGGUACGAGGAAGAAGUUUCCGGUUGCACUGCCUCGGUUGGAAUCUUAUCUUCGAAGAAGAUCUACGUGGGAAAUGCUGGAGAUUCUCGAAGUGUUUUAGGCGUAAAAGGUAGAGCGAAGCCGCUCUCGUUUGAUCACAAACCACAAAAUGAAGGCGAGAAGGCUAGAAUCACGGCUGCUGGAGGUUUCGUAGACUUCGGACGUGUUAACGGCAACCUAGCUCUAUCAAGAGCUAUAGGUGAUUUUGAGUUCAAGAAAAGCGCGGAACUUGCUCCUGAGCAACAGAUCGUUACAGCGUACCCAGACGUGACGGUCCACGACAUCUCAGACGAUGAUGAGUUCUUGGUGGUUGCAUGUGAUGGUAUCUGGGAUUGCCAGUCUUCGCAGGCGGUUGUUGAGUUCGUUCGACGUGGUAUCGCUGCGAAGCAAGAACUCGCCAAGAUCUGUGAGAAUAUGAUGGAUAAUUGCCUCGCGUCAAAUUCGGAGACCGGAGGUGUUGGUUGCGAUAACAUGACUAUGAUCGUUAUCGGCCUGUUACGCGGAAAGACGAAGGAGGAGUGGUAUGAGGAGAUUGCCAAGAGAGUUGCCAAUGGAGAUGGGCCUUGCGCGCCUCCAGAGUACGGCAAGUGUUUUGUUUAUUAGUUUUGGUGAUAUCAGGGCUGACUAGUGGGAUAGCUGAGUUCCGUGGACCUGGUGUGCAUCAUAACUUCGACGACAGUGAUAGUGGUUAUGAUGUCGACAUGGACCAGAAGAAGUCCUUUGGUGGAAAUCAACGGGGCCGCAUUAUUCUCCUUGGAGACGGUACUGAAGUUCUUACAGAUUCUGACGACACUGAGAUGUUUGACCACAGUGAAGAGGACAAGGACCUUGCGAGUCAAGUACACAAGGGCCAGGCAACCAGCGAAGACGAACCAAAGUCGACCACAGAGAAGACGG